UCGCAUGUCGAAAAGACUGAUUUGAAAUUUGUAAUUUCAUAUUGCACAAACUAAAAAAGUGAAUGGGAAUUUGCUCGUCUCUUUCCUUAUUUGUGUCGUGAAUCCCUGUGUACCGCCACAUUCUAUGCAAUUAUGGCUUAACACAUUUUCUCCCAUUCACUCAGAAAAAAUGAGGAUUUCAUCAAUGGAGAAAUAUUCCUCUUUUCAGCUUCUAACAAUUUUGUUCCUUCUUCUUCAUGUUCUAGCAACUUGCUUAGCCAUGAAUAUUACAACUGAUCAAACUUCUCUUCUCGCGUUGAAAUCCCAAAUCACUUCAGACAAUUAUCAAAUUAUUUCAACAAACUGGUCUUCUUCUGUCUCUGUUUGUAACUGGAUUGGCGUCACUUGUGGCUCUCGUCAUCAACGAGUUACUGUACUUAAUAUUUCAGACAUGGGAUUUUCGGGUACCAUCCCGUCACAACUUGGUGAACUCUCUUUUCUUGUUUCACUUGAUCUAAGCUACAACAUUUUCCAUGGUGAACUUCCACCUGAGUUUUCUCGUUUGCGAAAAUUGAGAGCUAUUAAUCUUAGUUUCAACAACUUCACUGGAAAAAUUCCUAGAUUUCUCGGUGAUUUUCAAGACCUUCAGAUUUUCAACAUUGAAAACAAUAGUUUCAGUGGGUUCAUUCCUUCUUCUAUCUCAAACAUGACGAACCUUGGGUUCCUGAAUCUGAGGUACAACAAUUUGGAAGGAAAUAUUCCAGCUGGAAUAGCCGUUCUUCGGAGUUUGAAAUGGUUGAGCUUUGGAUUUAAUAAACUCAAUGGUUCCAAUGUGCUCUCUAUGUUCAACAUCUCGAUACUAGAAUAUUUAGAUCUCAGAAAUGCAGGCUUAACUGGUGAUUUUCCAUCUGAUUUGUGUCGUCGCCUUCCAAGAUUGCAAAAACUUGGACUUAAUUUCAAUAUGUUAAGUGGAGAGAUCCCAAGACGUAUAUCAGAAUGCUCGCAGCUUCAAGUCUUACUGUUGAUGGAAAAUAAUUUGAUUGGAACAAUUCCAGGAGAACUUGGGAACUUACAACUGCUGCAACAAUUAGCUCUCGGAAAUAAUAAGUUAGAAGGCACAAUUCCGGAUGAGAUUGGUCAUCUUUAUAACUUGAAGCAAUUGGGAUUGGAACAAAAUGCAUUAACAGGCUCAAUCCCAGUAAGCAUAUUCAGUAUUUCAUCACUUCAAGUUUUAUCAAUGUGGGACAACAAGCUUGAAGGGCCUCUACCAAGAGAGGUUGGAAAUUUGACUAUGGUUAACGUACUUGAUCUUGGAAUGAAUAGCCUGACGGGCGUACUUCCAGAUGAAAUUGGUAACCUUCAAGAGUUGUUGAUGCUGAAGUUGGAUUUCAAUGACUUUAGUGGGUCGAUCCCUAUUGCUAUAUUUAAUAUCUCAACUCUUAUAUCUAUUGCACUCACACAAAACCGCAUUUCAGGUAAUCUUCCCAACACUAUAGGCAGGGGGUCACCCAAUCUUGAACGAAUUUUUGUAGGUGCAAAUAACAUUGAUGGUCUUUUACCUAGUUCCAUUUCAAAUUUGUCUAAGCUUACUGUACUCGAACUUAGUGUGAAUGCACUCACAGGUUCAAUUCCUGACUUUCUAGGAAACUUAAGACUUAUUGAAAUUCUCAACUUGCAAGGUAACUUCUUCACUAGUGACUCUUCAAUGUUGAGUUUUAUUACUCCUUUGGCCAAUUGUAAACACUUAAGAGAACUGAUAUUGUCUAUCAAUCCCCUAAAUGCAAUACUUCCAAAAUCCAUAGGGAAUCUUUCUUCUCUUCAGACGUUUGAGGCAAUAAGUUGUAAUCUCAAAGGCCAUAUUCCAAAUGAAAUUGGAAAUUUGAGAAAUUUAUCUUAUUUGAAGCUGGAUAAAAAUGACUUUACUGGAAUUGUCCCGACGACAAUAAGUUCUUUGGAAAAACUUCAACAGUUUUCACUUGGUACAAACAGAAUAAGUGGUCCUUUCCCAAUUGUUUUAUGUGAGCUACCCAACUUGGGCUUGCUAAACCUUUCACAAAACCAAAUGUGGGGAAAUAUUCCUAGCUGCUUAGGGAAUGUGACUUCUCUAAGGGAGAUUUAUCUUGAUUCCAAUAAAUUCACUGCCAGCAUACCUUCAAGUCUAUGGAACCUCAAAGACAUUUUGAAGCUGAACUUGUCUUCUAAUUUCUUCAAUGGCUCUCUACCAUUAGAAGUUGGAAAUCUCAAGGCUGCAAUACUUCUGGAUCUUUCCAGGAACCAAAUCUCAGGGAACAUUCCUAGUACAUUGGGAGGUUUGCAGAAAUUGAUUCAGCUAUCUUUAGCUCAUAACAGAAUUGAAGGAUCUAUUCCUGAGACAUUCGGGGAACUCAUAAGUUUGGAAGCAUUGGAUCUUUCAAAUAACAAUAUUUCGGGUGUGAUUCCAAAGUCAUUAGAGGCACUCAAGCAACUACACUCCUUUAAUGUCUCAUUCAACAGGUUACACGGGGAAAUCCCGAGUGGUGGACCUUUUCUUAAUCUCCCUUACCAGUCUUUCUUGUCGAAUGAAGGAUUGUGUGGUAAUCCUCAAAAGCAUGUCCCAGCUUGUCGUUCAAAUUUAAAGAAUCAUUCCAAUUCAAAGAAACGAAGAAUGAUAUGGAUUGUAGUUGUCUCUUCAGUUAUCUCUAUAAUAGGGCUUGCUUCAGCAAUAAUUUUCAUGUUGAUGCGACAUCAGGGUAAAGUAAUCAAAGCUGAAGAUGAGUGGUCUCCUGAGGUAGCACCACAGAGAUUUUCUUACUAUGAACUUCAAAGAGCAACUCAGGGGUUUGAUGGAAAUAACUUGCUAGGUAGUGGAGGUUUUGGUUCUGUUUUUAAAGGGACGUUGGCAGAUGGGAUGAUACUAGCUGUCAAAGUUUUUAAUGUGCAGAUGGAAGGUACAUUUCAAACCUUUGAUAGAGAAUGUGAAAUCUUGAGGAAUCUUCGUCACAGAAAUCUCACAAAGAUCAUUAGCAGCUGUUGUAACUUGGAUUUUAAAGCAUUGGUACUUGAGUACAUGCCAAAUGGGAGCUUAGACAAGUUGCUGUAUUCUCGAGAUUAUUCUCUAAAUAUAAUGCAACGAUUGAAUAUCUUGGUCGAUGUUGCAUCGGCUCUGGAAUAUCUCCAUCAUGGUUACUCUGUACCUGUUAUUCAUUGUGAUCUGAAGCCUAGCAACGUCUUACUUGACAAAGACAUGGUAGGACACCUAACUGACUUUGGCAUUGCAAAACUUCUAACAAAAGAGGAAUCUAUUGCUCACACUACAACCUUUGCCACAAUUGGUUACAUUGCUCCAGAAUAUGGAUUGGAAGGCCUUAUAUCCAAGAGGUCUGAUGUUUUUAGCUAUGGUAUCAUGUUGCUGGAAACUUUUACAAAGAAGAAACCAAAUGAUGAAAUGUUCACGGGCGAUUUGGAUUUGAGAAGCUGGGUACAUAGUUCACUUCCUAAUAAGCUGGAUGAAAUCAUAGAUGCCGACUUACUAACAGUAGAUGAACAAAAGCUUAAUGAGAAGUUACAGAACGUGUCAUCUAUCAUGGAGUUAGCCAUGAAUUGCACAGCUAAAUCUCCGGUUGAAAGGAUGAAAAUGACUGAUGUUGUAGCAGCAUUGGAAAAGAUCAAGCAGCAGCUUUCUUCAUGUUACUGAUCGAAUGUCUUAAUGACAUGACAUCAGGUACUUUUUCCAUAUCACUUUUGGGAGGUAAAAAGGGAAGUUGUAAAGUUCACUAGUAUUGUAUAAGUAAUUUUUCUUCAAAUGCUUUUGCUAGAGACUGUUUGGCUAUUGUAAUUGUACUUCAUUGAGAUGAGUCUUCUGUACAAUGUAUUGCAAAUUAAGAAUCAAUAAAAUGUAAUGCUUCUUAAUUUUCAGUGAA